AUGGAUUUCAUUCUCUCGCUGACGCACUUCUGUGAAGUGCAUGGCCCCACGUCUAUCAUCUGCUCGCAGGUCCUCCCUUUCGCAUGCACGCAAUGUCAUCCCGAGGCCGAUGACGCUUCCUUUCCACGCGAUGCUUCCAAAUCACCCUCCAUAUCCGAGACCGCGAGCUCUAGAUCUCCGAAGAUCGAAGACCACCCGUAUUUUCUGCGUACGCAAGUGGCAUCACCCGAAGACCGAUCCAACCGCGUCGGCGGUACGGACGGCGAUUCCUGCGCCAGCUGUAGCUUGUCUCUGCCCGAAGGUGUGAGCAAGCAGCUCCCUGCUGGUGCUCCCGGCAGCCACGAUGCGAAGGGCAAGAACGGUAGCCCCGUUCUGCGCUCGCGCGAGGUCGUCUAUUCCUGCGGCAACAGCCACUCCGACGUGGAUGAUGACACGCCAGACCCUCAUUCUCACGCCUCUCCCCCCGAGUCACUACACUCAUCCUCGGUUGCGUCUGACGCAUCCUGCCAUACGCACAUCUUAACUUACCUCUCACUUCGUGGCCCGCCGAACCCCGCGGACUACGCUCUACUCCGCCGCUCCUCAAUUCGCACCCUUAGCUGCGAGCUUCUACCCCGCGGGCUGUCCUCCGGGCCAUUGUGUUUCGGCGACUCCGUUGCUGGCUACACGAUUGCAUACAUUUUCCGACUUCCUGACCCCAUGGCGCGCGGCAAGCGACGCAGCUACGCCUUGGUGGCGCUCGCCGGCAAAGACGCCGGAAAAGCGUUCCGGGCGUGCCCCGUGAUCUGGCGCACGUUUGGUCGCAUCGCAUCAAGCAUUGUGAACGCCGCCGAGCGCUUCCAAGAAGAAGAGAAACGCCGUGAGGAGCAGACUAGCCCCGGCAGCAACGCCAAGAGCCGGCAGUACACACCGGUUUCUUCUUUCCUUACGGGUCGUGCCAUGGACCCGACCGGACAGCCGCGGCGGCUCGGUCAGAUUCGGGCCCGCAACCUUGCCGAGAUUGUCGGCAACGAGUACAUCUUUACUGAAUUGCAUGCGCACUUCGUUGCGCUCUUGCAACAGCUCGGUUCGAUGUUCGGAGGUGUCCCCGUCUCUGAUGAACGAUUUGUCUGUAGCACUGUGGGUGACGCAGAGAGUACCUCUCCGCAACCAGUGCUCGUCUCGAAGAAACGCCAGUCAGUAUCCAAGUACGACGACAACGAGCUCGACAUGGCCAACCUUGACAUAUCUGCCGGCCCCAAACCCAUCCCUAUCACCGCCCGUCGGUCCGUUGCGGCCUAG